AUGAGACUGACCGCAAUCGUCGCAGCAGCGGCUUCCACCGCGAGCGGCGUCUUUGUAAACGGCAUUGAUCAAGGCACCUUUCGCGCCGUCAGGACACCGGCGUACAACGGGCCAAGCCCGCACGGCUAUGCAAACUCCCCUGUGAAGAAUCUGACAUCCAUCGACCUCCGCUGCAACGUGCUGGGAGACAAGCAAGCCGAUUACACAAUCCAAGUCCGGCCCGGGGACAACUUGACGUUUGACUGGCACCAUGACAAGCGCACUGACACAGACGAUGUCAUUGCCAGUUCUCAUCACGGCCCGGCGCUCGUCUACUUGUCGCCAGAUCCGCCAACGGACGACUCGUUUGUUAAGAUCUGGGAGGAGGGCCUGUACGAGAUGAGCGACGUACCGUUCGGAGCGGGCAAAUGGGCAACGACCGCCGAUAUUGCAGCCAACCAUGGCCAUAUGAACGUGCGCGUGCCGGACGGCCUCAAACCUGGACACUACCUAAUCCGCGCCGAGAUGAUUGGGCUCCACGAGGGCGACGCGUCGUACUUGGACAACGCCUUCCGUGGCGCGCAGUUUUACCCCAACUGCGUCCAGAUCGAGGUGAUCGGUGACGGCACAGUCGAACUGCCCAAGGGCGUCUCCUUUCCGGGCGCCUACGACUAUUCAGACCCCGGCGUCGUCUUUGAUAUAUACUGCUCGACACAGACGAGCCCCCUGCCGACAACGCCGUGUGCAACCACCUAUGAGAUUCCGGGGCCGACUGUCUGGUCGGGCGCUUGGCCAACAACAUCCGCCGUUGUCGUUGGUCCCGUAUCUGGGCCGACAACUGCCACCCUUUGGUCCAGCUGGAUCCAGAAGUCGGUCGUUACCUAUGCCUCGUAUGAAGGGAGCGAUGUCAAUGUGCUAAGCACGGAAGUGUACACGGCCGAGUGGUCGACGACGUACAAGACCCCUGCAGCGGCAACUCCGACUGCGUAA